AUGUCCGGCCGUGGCAAGCAGGGCGGGAAGGCGCGGGCCAAGGCUAAGUCGCGCUCGUCGCGGGCUGGGCUGCAGUUCCCGGUGGGCCGCGUCCACCGCCUCCUGCGGAAAGGCAACUACGCGGAGCGGGUGGGCGCCGGCGCUCCGGUGUACCUGGCGGCCGUGCUGGAGUACCUGACGGCCGAGAUCCUGGAGCUGGCGGGCAACGCUGCCCGUGACAACAAGAAGACGCGUAUCAUCCCCCGCCACCUGCAGCUGGCCAUCCGCAACGACGAGGAGCUCAACAAGCUGCUGGGCAAGGUGACGAUCGCGCAGGGUGGUGUGCUGCCCAACAUCCAAGCCGUGCUGCUGCCCAAGAAGACCGACAGCCACAAGGCUAAAGCCAAGUGAACACACAAGAAUAACACCGGGGAAGCUUUUCCUAGAGAAACCCAAAGGCUCUUUUCAGAGCCACCCACUGCAUCACUGGAGAGCUGAAUUGCUUUUGUUAUAUUUGAUUUCAGAUCGCUAUCAUUAUUAGGUUGUAAAGCAAUUCACCUGUGCAGAAACUUUAACAGAAACUGAUGUUUCCUAAUGCCUCUUGCAAAGC